GAUGGCUGGAAAUGACUCUUUUCCAAACUUGAAGGAGAACCACUGGGUGUCCUACAACGACUCCAGUCCUGGCGGGGAGCCCCCCAUGAGUGACGACUGGUUCCACCUGGGGGUCCUCUAUGUCAUCCCUGCGGUGUAUGGGCUCAUCAUUCUAAUCGGCCUCAUUGGCAACAUCACCCUGAUCAAGAUCUUCUGCACUGUGAAGUCCAUGCGAAAUGUGCCCAACCUGUUCAUCUCCAGCCUGGCAUUGGGAGACCUGCUCCUCUUGGUGACAUGUGCCCCAGUGGAUGCCAGCAGGUACCUGGCUGACAGGUGGCUGUUUGGCAGGAUUGGGUGCAAACUGAUCCCCUUUAUUCAGCUUACCUCCGUGGGGGUGUCUGUCUUCACGCUCACGGCUCUCUCAGCAGACCGGUACAAAGCCAUCGUCAGGCCAAUGGAUAUCCAGGCCUCCCAUGCUCUGAUGAAGAUCUGCCUCAAGGCAGCCCUAAUCUGGGUCAUCUCCAUGCUGCUGGCCAUCCCCGAAGCAGUGUUCUCUGACCUACAUCCUUUCCACGAGGAGAGCACCAACAAGACCUUCAUUAGCUGUGCCCCGUACCCACACUCCAAUGAUCUGCACCCCAGAAUCCACUCCAUGGCUUCCUUCCUGGUCUUCUACAUCAUCCCAUUGUCAAUCAUCUCUGUCUACUACUACUUUAUUGCCAAAAAUUUGAUCCAGAGCGCUUACAAUCUGCCUGUGGAAGGGAAUAUCCACGUCAAGAAGCAGAUCGAAUCCCGGAAGCGACUUGCCAAGACCGUGCUGGUGUUCGUAGGCCUUUUCGCCGUGUGCUGGCUCCCUAACCACAUCAUCUACCUGUACCGCUCUUACCACUACUCUGAGGUGGACACCUCCAUGCUCCACUUCGUCACCAGCAUCUGCGCCCGCCUCCUGGCCUUCACCAACUCCUGUGUGAACCCGUUUGCCCUCUAUCUGCUGAGCAAGAGUUUCAGGAAACAGUUCAACAGCCAGCUCCUCUGCUGCCGGCCCGGCCUGCUGAGCCGGUCUCAUGGUACCAUCAGAAGCACCACCUGCAUGACGUCCUUCAAGACGACCAACCCCUCUGUGGCCACCUUCAGCCUCAUCAACGGCAACAUCUGUCAUGAGGGCUUUGUCUAGACCCCUUGAGCCUGACCCACUGGGACCCCUGGCUUCGCUUUAUGGCUGCUGAAGAACCCUCACAUAUGUCAUCUCUGUACCCUCCCAAGACCGUCAGAAGGCUCGUGAGUGCUGUGAGCACGUUGAGGAGGCCCAUAUGGGUCGCUAUUAUUGUGAAAUGCCCAACAAGCUUUACUUUUUCCUUUUCAACUUGUGAAUAGAGUGAACAUUCCUUUAUACAAAAGAGACCAAAUAGAAAAUCAUGGUUUUAAGCAGCAAACUGCAAUGUAUAGGUGUGGCCAAUUAAAUCAUAGCAAUGCUGUCU